CUUAACUUCUAAAGAUGAAUUAUAGGUGUGAAGAGUGCCAAAAAGAAUUUGAGAAAAAGUCUCAUUUCGAGAGACAUCAAAUAACCCACACCGAAGAGAGGAAGUUCAAGUGUCCUCAGUGAGAUAAGUUCUUCAAGAGAAGGGAUCAUAUGACUCGGCAUAAAAAUAUGGUCCAUAGCGAUGAAGCAAGGAAAUUUAAAUGUCCUUACCCUGAGUGAUUCAGCAAUGGCUUCAUUGAUAAUUACCACUUAAGGAGACACAUAGAGUCUUGCCAUGAAGAGAAGCACAUCUGAACUAUCUGUGAGGAGGAAGCAAGGAUGUUCACUCCUACAAAUCAACAGAACAAGUUUAGGUUUAAGAAAUAAAAAGCAACUAGCAAGACAUGUAGAGCAGGUCCAUGGUAAUUCUAACAGAAAGGAAUGAAAGUACUGCAAUAAGUUUAUUACCAUCAAAAGGUUUCCUUCCCAUUUGAAGAAACAUGAACAGAAGAUAGAAAAGAACAAGAUUAUCCUUGAUUUGGCUCCGAAAAGCCCAGAGCCUCCAAAAGUUGAAGAGCAAAAAGUAACCAAAGAAGAGAAUUAUGAAGACAAGCAGCUUCAUGAGAAAAUUUUAAAAUAUCAGGUGAGGAAGGAAAACUCAGCCUUUAUGAUGCAAUUCAGGAAGAGGUUUACGAGCUCAGAAUCUGAGCGUAGUGCGUAUAAAUAUGAAAACAGUAGCAAACCGAAUUCAUUCAGGCUUAAUUCUCCCUCGUACCAAUACAAGAAGUCUGAUCCAGCUACUAUCUUUAAUGAUAGUUCUGUCAAGGAAUAUUAUGAACAAAGAGUGAAUCAAGCUAAAAGUGGCAGCCCAGCAAGACCCCAACAGUUUUACUGUCAAGAGCCUGGAUGCUUUAAAUCUUUCUCUAGUGUAUUAUUUUUAAUUUUAAGAAUAUAGGAGUACAACUUGAAGGUGCAUAUCAAAACAGCACAUCUUAAGAUUAGAGAAUUUGUAUGAAAACUAUGAACUAACGCAUACUUUCAUAAAAAGAACUUGGUAGAUCAUAUCCAAAGAGAUCAUCCUGGGUUCUUCCCAUCUUCUGAUGAAGAAGAUGCUCAGUAUAGAUUCCCUAUAUAUGGCCUAAGUUCUCAGAAAGGAAGUGUCAGCAGCAAUGAAGGAAAUAUUUCCCCAGUCUACAAUCCCAGUUUUCAUGCUCUUUC